AUGGUAACAAAAGGAGAAGAAGAAUUCGUAGCUGAAGUGAAUUCAAUCAACAGGACUAAUCACAAGAACUUGGUCCAACUCCUUGGAUUCUGCAACGAAGGCCAACACCGCCUUUUAGUAUAUGAAUACAUGAAAACCGGCUCAAUAGAACACUUGCUAUUCAAAGAUUCCAGGCUUAGCUGGUCCAAAUGGGUACAAGUUGCUAUUGACACUGCCAAAGGACUUGGCUAUUUGCAUGAAGAGUGCAGUACCCAAAUUAUACAUUGUGACAUCAAACCCCAAAAUGUGCUUUUGGAUGAAAGUUUGACAGCAAAAAUAGCAUAUUUUGGUAUGGCCAAGCUUCUGAGAAAAAAUCAAACUCGAACAACCACUAGGAUACGUGGAACGAGAGGGUAUGUAGCCCCAGAGUGGUUCAAAAAAGUGCCUAUAAAUGUGAAGGUGGAUGUGUACAGCUUCGGGGUCUUGCUCUUAGAGUUGAUUUGCUGCAGAAAAAAUUAUGAGCAGGAGGUGGAAAAUGAGAACGAAAUUAUACUAGUGGAGUGGGCUCUUGAUUGCUAUAAAAGAAACGAAUUGCAUCUACUUGUGGAUAAUGAUGAAGAGGCAUUAGUAGAUAUCAAGAGGUUUGAGAAGUUCUUGAUGGUUGCUAUUUGGUGCAUUCAAGAAAUUCCAGCAUUAAGGCCUAGCAUGAAUAAAGUCAUACUAAUGCUUGAAGGUUCUGUUGAGGUGUCAAUUCCUCCAGACCCUUUUUCCUUUAUCAAUUUUGUAUAG